AUCUCGUGGAUGCUGAGUUGAUGAUCAUUCCCAACACAGAAGAAGAAAGUUCACCGUAACCAGGCAACCAACGACAAGCUGCCAUCGCUCGUUUAUCAACGACUGGAAAUAUAUCAGGAUAAGUUUUAAAACUAGCUAACCACAUCCACCAUGCCCUCUACUACUGAUAACAACUCCAAGCCUAAGUCCAUGAAAAGAGCCAAAGAAUGGACGGCAGAAGUGGAAAACCUGUUUAGAUUCCAGCAGGCGGGCUACAGAGACGAAUUGGAGUACUUACAAUUUAAACACGGAGUCAUGAUUGAGAAAUGGCCAGAGACCGGGUUUGUGAAGAAGCUCCAGCGUCGAGACAACACAUUUUAUCACUUCAGCAGGAGAAGAGAAUGCCAGGAUUGUGAUCUCCACAAAGUCGUUGUGUAUGGAUAUUAAAAUGUUCUGAUCUACCCCUUUGUAUUUAAUAAAGGAUUUGUUUUGUCUGCAUGCA